AAUUUAUAAAGUUUCAUGUCUGGUUUUUGUAGUUUAGUGAUACCUUUUGAAUUAAGUUUUUUCUUUUUUCCUUUUUCUUCCCUUUACACACUACAAAUCUCUUAUGAAAGGUCUGAGGGUCAUUUAUGUCUUCCUGUUCGAUACACACAUUCCUUCCCAGAAGCCUUACAGAAGUUCUAUCGUGGUGAGUUCAGGUGGUUAUGGAGGCAGCGAAUCAGGUUGUACCUUGAAGGGACUGGCAUAAACCCUGUUCCUGUGGACCUCCACGAACAGCAGCUAAGUUUGAAUCAACAUAGCAGAGCCUUCAACAUUGAAAGAGUUCAUGAUGAAAGACCUGAGGCUUCAGGACCCCAGCUUUUGCCAGUGAGGGCACUAAAUGAAGUCUUCAUCGGGGAGAGUCUGUCAUCCAGAAUGUCUUAUUCUUGGGCUGUAGCAGUGGACAAUUUAAGAAGAAGUAUACCCACUCUAAAGGGACUGGCUUCCUACUAUGAGAUUUCAGUUGAUGAUGGUCCAUGGGAAAAACAGAAGAGUUCAGGGCUCAAUUUGUGUACUGGAACAGGAUCAAAGGCCUGGUCAUUCAAUAUUAACAGGGUUGCAACUCAGGCUGUGGAAGAUGUUUUAAAUAUUGCAAAACGACAAGGAAAUUUAAGUCUUCCAUUGAACAGAGAAUUGGUAGAAAAAGUAACAAAUGAAUAUAAUGAAUCGCUGCUCUACAGUCCAGAAGAACCAAAAAUACUUUUCAGUAUUCGAGAACCAAUAGCAAACAGAGUUUUCUCCAGCAGCCGUCAGCGUUGCUUCACCUCAAAGGUGUGUGUUCGUUCUCGUUGUUGGGAUGCCUGCAUGGUUGUGGAUGGAGGUACUUCUUUUGAGUUUAAUGAUGGAGCAAUUGCUUCGAUGAUGAUCAAUAAAGAAGAUGAGCUUCGAACUGUGCUUCUAGAACAAUGAAAGAUUUCCUCAGAUGACAAAUUUUGACUACUGGGAAAUGCUUUCAUUUCACUGCAGAAACAGACUCAUAAAGCUACGUAUUUUGGUUGUUAUUGAGACUGGUUGGCCCUGAGCUUCAAAGGUGACCAAGAAAGUGAGAUUUGCAUUAUUCUUCUUUUGGAUUUGGAUAGAAAAGAUUGUUCGCUGUGUUAGAAAAUGGAUGGACUAAACUGAUUAGAAUUGAUACCAGUGAAAGUUCUAUAUUGCUUAUAGUUGGUAUCCAAGAGUACUGAUAUCUUUUUAGAGAGGUAGGCUCAAAUAAAGGAUUAAAUGUUUAGGAUUUGAAAUUUCACUGUACGUUUUUUUUUUUUCUUCCCUUUCCUAACUGUGGAAUUGGUCAGACCAAACACAUAUCAUAUGAUUAGUGUAUAUUUUUUAUAGUACCUAAAAAAUCAAGAUUUUUAAAAAAUUUUGAUGGAGAAUUUUGAUAAAUCCUGACAUUGACCUAAUUGAAGUAGGUAAAUGCGUUUUUUAUAUGUGCUUAGAAUUUUCUAAUUUCAGAAUACAAUAUUGUUAUGGCUCUUUAUUAAGUUCAAUCAUUUUUGAAAUUAUCGAUGUUUUCAUUUAAUAAUUGACUUUCAGGUUAAUUUUGACAGUGCUGGGUGAAAUGAAGUAUAUCUGAAAAAAAUCAUGAUACUGUUACAAAUGUAUUAAUUAUCCAGUAGCUUUUUUUAGGUCAUAGACAGUUUUUUUUUAAUGCUUUUGAGUCUUAAUAGAUUUCUUCCAUAUUUAAAACUCUAACAUGGAAUCAAAGACUAAAAGGAUGAGCUGCUUAGACAUAUUAGGAGUUUGGUGAAACCUUUAAAAAAUAUUUUCAUCUAGUAUUAGGAGUAUUGUCAGAAAAUGGAUUCUUUAAUAAAUAUGCAAAACAUUAGUUUUG